AUGCGGCCUGCUGCGGGCUUGACAUCCGCUCGUUCCAAGCUCGGUCCGCACGCUCUGCGUUUGCCCUGCAGCGACCGAUGCUUCUCGGUGCUCAACCGACCGCCGCCCAACUAUGAAGGCCACAUCCCGCUCACGCGUGCGGAGAGACUGGGGCUGGCGCUCGGCUCGGGGCUCAUGAGCUUCCUGGAUCCUCGGAGAGGAGACCUCAUUGCGGCAUUUGGCGAAGCGACAGCGCAGCCCUACUUCAUCAACCAUCUCCGCGACCGCAUGCUGCUGAAUCCAACGGGCCGAAGAAUACUGCGUGACCGGCCGCGUCUGACGUCCACUUCGCUCGAUAUCCCUCGGCUUCGUUUGCUCCCUAAGAAUACCGUCGGCUAUGCCUACACGGAAUGGUUGGAUCGAGAGGGCGUGUCUCCCGACACACGAGCACAGGUCCGCUACAUCGACGACGAAGAGUGUGCAUAUGUCAUGCAACGUUAUCGCGAGUGUCACGACUUCUACCAUGCGCUUGUUGGCCUCCCAGUCUUCCGCGAAGGCGAAGUGGCCCUCAAGGCCUUCGAGUUCGCCAACACGGGGCUGCCCAUGACUGGACUGGCUGUGUUCAGCGCGCUCACACUGAAGAAGGGUGAAUGGAGAAGAUUCUGGGACAUAUACGGUCCUUGGGCAGCACGAAACGGCGCGCAAAGCGACGACGUCAUCAACGUGUACUGGGAGGAGGAGCUCGAGACCGACGUGGACCAGCUCAGGACAAGGCUCGGUAUCGAGAAGCCCCCGGAUCUCAGGGACAUGAGAAGAGCUGCACGAGAGGCGAGGAAAAAGGAGAAAGCCGCUCGAGAAGCUGCUGCUGGUGCGGCUGUAUAA